UAUAUUGGCCUGCACCCCGUAAUUCGCGCGGGUAGCAGGAGUGGAGAAAAUGGGUUCUUCUUUAAUGGUAUCCUCCAUCCCCUAUUCUGUCUCCGCCUCUGCAACAAAAUCCAUGGCCGUCUCUGCUAUUCUCCGCAACUUGUCCACUGUCUCUUACCCUUCUUUCUCUAGAAAUGCUCGUUAUUUUGGCGUCGUUUGCCUUCCUUUCAGGACCAGAAUUGCAUUGCAAGUCCGAUCAAUAGCUACUCCUGCAGAAGCUGUGGCAGGAUUUGAUGAGAUGGCAGCGGGGACUGAGCGCAAAUACUACAUGCUUGGAGGGAAAGGAGGUGUCGGUAAAACUAGUUGUGCUGCAUCUCUCGCUGUUAAAUUUGCAAAUCACGGGUUUCCUACCAUUGUGGUAUCAACUGACCCUGCACAUUCGCUAAGCGAUUCUUUUGCCCAGGAUUUAACUGGAGGGACACUUGUUCCUGUUGAGGGACUGGAUUCUCCACUGUUUGCUCUUGAGAUAAAUCCCGAGAAAGCUCGUGAAGAAUUUCGCAGUGCAAGUCAGAAAAACGGGGGGAGUGGAGUCAAAGAUUUUAUCGAUGGUAUGGGCCUGGGAGCACUUGCGGAUCAGCUAGGGGACUUAAAGCUAGGAGAAUUGCUAGAUACCCCUCCUCCUGGACUUGAUGAGGCCAUUGCAAUCUCAAAGGUUAUGCAGUUCGUGGAAGCACCAGAAUAUAGUAUGUUCAAACGUAUCAUAUUUGAUACUGCACCAACAGGUCACACCCUCAGGCUUCUCUCCCUCCCGGACUUCUUGGAUAAAUCUAUAGGCAAAAUAAUGAAGCUAAAGCAAAAGAUUGCUUCAGCGACAUCUGCCAUUAAAUCUGUUUUUGGGAAAGAAGAGGUCCAAGACAGUUCGUCUGACAAGCUAGAGCAACUAAGGGAGAGGAUGGGGAAGGUGCGAGAGCUUUUCCGUGAUACAGACUCAACAGAGUUUGUUAUUGUAACAAUCCCAACGGUCAUGGCUGUCAGUGAAUCAUCGAGGUUGAGAGCUUCCUUACGAAAGGAAAAUGUUCCCGUCAAGAGACUUAUUGUUAAUCAAGUCUUACCACCAUCUGCAUCAGACUGCAAAUUUUGUGCUAUGAAAAGAAAGGAUCAGUUGCGUGCUCUUGACAUGAUCCAAAGCGAUCCUGAACUCAUGGGCUUGAAAUUAAUUCAAGCUCCGCUCGUUGAUGUCGAGAUCAGAGGUGUUCCAGCGCUGAGAUUUAUGGGUGACAUUGUUUGGCAAUAAUUUAUACAUCAAGAUGAGUGAUCCAUGAGGAGGAUACCCAAAAGGAAGCUGUGACUGCAACACAUCUAAUCAAUAUUUUGUCACUUGAAGAACCGAUAAAUCGUGACUCGGCACUAGAUAAAGAGGGUGAAAAGGGAAAAGCCCAAGCAACCAUAGGUUCAUGCUACAGGCUCAAGACUGAGGUUUUCUUUUUCUUUUUGUUUUCUUUUUCCCUUCCUUUAGCUCAAUGAUUUGAGAAAUUUUAAAAGCAAGAUCUGUAAAUUAUUGUCUCGACGAUAAACAAACAGAAUGAAUUGAAAAUCAAUUGUAGAAAAAAUGAAGGCUUCAUUCAAAACA